GGAAGGUGAGCAUCCAACCAAACAAUGGGAAAUAAGAAAAGCGGGAUGAUCUCCAAGGAGAUCCUUGAUGAUCUGAAAUUGAACACAAAGUACUCAGAGGAUGAGCUGGUCAAAUGGUAUGACGCCUUCAAAAAACAAUGCCCUGAUGGGCGUAUUGGUAAAGCUGACUUUGAAAAGAUCUAUGCCAAUUUCUUCCCCAACUCUGACCCCAAGGUCUAUGCUCGGCAUGUCUUCCGAAGCUUUGACACCAAUGACGAUGGGACUCUUGACUUCCGGGAGUACAUCAUCGCAUUGCAUCUCACCUCAUCUGGCAAGACUGACCUUAAGCUGGAAUGGGCUUUCUCGCUUUUCGAUGUAGACCGCAGUGGAGAGAUCAGCAAGAACGAAGUUCUUGAGAUCAUUGCCGCAAUAUUUAAGAUGAUUCCUCCAGAAGAACAGAAAGUCCUGCCUGAUGAUGAAAACACCCCCCAGAAACGGGCUGACAAGCUGUGGGCAUUUUUUGGCAAGGGAGAUGCUGACAAAAUUGCUGAAAAGGAGUUCAUUGAGGGAGUGAUGAAGAAUGAUGCAAUAAUGGGCCUCAUCCAGUAUACCCCCAAGGAAAAUAAAUAA